UAUGUGGAGGUGUGCAGUAUUUAACAGUCUGAUGUUAAGAUCUGCGAUGUGUUUGUAUCUUGCACACGAGCACACACAGUAGGCUAUUUGUGAAAGGAAACAAUACAGUCGCAUGCAAGCUGCAAACAAAAGCUGGCGGAGUGUUUUCUGUUUGUACUGUGGAAACUAUGCCUUUGAAUCCGGAUGUUUUGUUUUUAUGAAGAAGCGAUGUGAAGAAGAGAGCUCUGAGGACCAUUUUGGCGCCUGCUUAGGGCUUUAAGGAGACCCCGAUAGCUGAUGAUAGGAUCUUAUUACCCCUCAGGUGCUUUUACGCGCAGGCGCUGCACACUGGCACAACAGAAAGUAUAACGGGGUUUGGUUACAGAGAGGAUGGUGGCGGAGAUGGCGAGCUGCGGAGCGGCUUGUCACCCGGAGGACGGAGACGGAGACAUCCCUACGCCUGAAAACAAAGAUAAUUUGGCAGGAAGUGACAGCAGUGGUUCAGAAAACACAGAAACAUCCACUGAAGAGAGCUCAGAGGAUGAAGAGGAGGAUGGGGAUUCUGCAGGCUCUGCUGAGAGGGAUAGAGGAGAGGAAGAUACUGAAGAAGCUGAUGGAGAGGAGUGCAAAAAUGAGUCAGUUCCUGGAACUGAAGCAGAGGUUUCAAAUGGUAAAGGUGAAAGGCCCUUCAAAUUAUGCUGUGAAAAAUGCAAAGCCAUCCAGCAGAGCCACGGGAAUGAGCUUGUUAUGCCCAGGAAGAUCUCCAAGGGACGAUUACAGGUGCAGUUGGAAGGAGAGGGCACAUAUGAGUGUUCUUUCACUGGCCUGGUGUUUGAAGCGUCGGAGCGGGUUCUCCUGCAGUACUCUGUCUUGUCCUGGUCCAAGUUCGGCACGUUGCUCCCGGACUCCUGGAAGUUUGCGGGACCCAUCUUUAAUGUAGACACGGUCAACAAGGAUGCAUCUGUCCUCAAGUCCAUCCAGUUUCCUCACUCCAUCUGCCUAGCUGUCCCAGAUAAUGAAAUGACAUUCAGUGUCCUACACAUAAAGGACAACCGGCCCUGUAUCGAGCCAACAGUGGACCACUCAGGCAGCCAUGUUAAGUGGAAUGUGACUUCCCUGUCACCCGUGGGUCCCAUCAUCCAAACAAGCCAGUCUAUAGAGCACCAUGGAGUGGUGCUGGUCUACAAGCAGCUGGGCUGUGACAAAAACAGCUACAGCUUCCACGUCUACCUGGCUACCAACAGCUCGUCAGACAUCAAGGAUAUUGGGAAACAGGUGCGAGGCUACAAGAAUCGUUACAGUCGGAUAGAGAAGCCUCCCACGUGUAAACUGGACGAGGGGACGUAUCGUCUCCUGAGUGACCCAGAGGGAGACAUCAAACCUCAGGAGCUGAAAUUCACCCUUGCAGUGACUAAGAUGAAAGGCUACUUUGAAGCUUUUUUUGAGCAGCCUCCUCCGUUUCAAUUGUCUCUUAUAGAGAUUAACACUGAGGAGACUGUAUGGUCCGCCACCAUCAGAGAAGGUGACUGUGUGGAUAACACAGUACAGAAGCCAAGGAAAAGAACCCACAGCCGACAGAGGAGCAGCAGCCCUUCAGAGGAAGAAACGACCUGUAAAAGACCUCGAUGGCAGGACGAGUCAGAUGGAGUACAAAAGGUAGCUCGGGGCCAGGACAUGUCAGAGAAGCAGCUACUGCAGGUGGCCAAGAAGCUGGGGAACGAGUGGAAGCCGCUGGCCAUCCAUCUCGACUUGAUCACCAGGGAGCUGGAUGAAAUCCAGGCGGGAGAAAAAGAUCCAACGAUGCAGAAGUUGAAGAUGCUGGUGAAGUGGAAGAGCAAACGGCAGCUGGGAGAGGCCACGGCAUUCGACCUGCUGAGAAGUGUGGAGGAACUGGAUGACUUGUCAAAUGAAUUCCUUCAGACACUGCAUGAUAUGGCCAACAAUUGAGGGCCUAAGUGGAAGGGAUUUAUUGUGUACUGUUGCACCAGCGUCGGGAAGAGAAAAGAUUUCAGGAAUACAGCGAAUCAGACCUCUGGAUCAGAUAUCAACUCUUCUCUGAGUCUGCAUUUCUUUUUUUUUCUGUACAUGACACUCAGUGAUGAGUCACUGUCUUAUCUUUGGACAGGCAUGAUCAGGUUUCUAAAUCACUGAGAUAUUUAGUUGCUAAUAAUGUAGCCAGUAACAGGUGUAUGUGUGGGUGCUCCCAACUUUAUAUCUUGUUUCACUUUUAAAAUCUACAUUUGUGGGACUUCCUUUAAAACAGCUGUGCAUAACAUCACAUACACGUGACUGUUCAGAGCAUUGUGAACUGAAUUUUGAAAUGAUUUUGUCUCAUGCAUUUUUAUACUUGUGAAUACUAUGUCCUGUACAUAUCUUGUUUUUUUUACCAACCUUUUUUAAACCUGUGAUUUUUCUCGUAGGUCUGUCUUGUCUAUUGAUGCCAUUUGUGUUUUGUUUGAAAGCUAAAUGAAGUUGCAAGAAGUUCAUCUUUAUGUUUAUGUUGUAUAACUUCAACUUUGAUUUUAUUCUUGCCCUUCUGAGACUAGAAUGUACAACUUUGGAAAAGACACUUUCUUUUGGAUUCAGACCUGAAUUUGAGAUUUCUACCUGUGUGAGAGCAGCUACUAUACAGACACAGCAGCAAUUUGUAGUUUUACUCUUUCAUUAUAGUUUUUAUUUUUAAGUCAUCCACUCAAGCCCUAUUUCAUAACUGUGGUGCUAAAAACAAACUGUACUGUACAAUAUGGAAAUGCUUCUUUAUCAUUUAAACAUUAGUCACACUUUCCAGACAUUCCGACAUUAUUUGGGAAAAGUAAAAAGUAGUGGCACCUGGAAUGUGAAAUCUUUUAGAGUCUUCCCUGAUGAUGUUAUACUUUAAAGGUCCAUUCAGAGAACACAGUUGUUUCCUUAAACAAUUCACCACCAACAUACCAGACAUCCUUUUUGCACUUGUUUAUAUCAGGUCUGAGUCCUUCUAAAGACUCUAAAGGUAAAUAAGUUGACAGUGACUGAAUAAACCGAUAGA